AUGACAGAUAUGAAAGUUCAGGUUGAGGGCCAGCUCAACUCAAACUCACCCUCAGGACAACAGGAGGACACGAGCGAUGAGAGGGAGACAGACAUCACGGAGAGUCUUCAAAACACCGGACAAGGAGAGGCGGUGGAGCCGCUGUCGUUGCUGGCUGCCGUCGCUCUGGCGCCCCCUCGUGAUCAUCCUGCGGCCUGCAGGUGUGACUGUGAGGCCUGCAGCUGUCUGGAGGUCAAAUCGAUGGAGAGGAGCCUCCAGUCCAUGGAUCUGCAGCUCCAGUUCCUCUUGAGCAAAGCGGAUGACUUACACGACUGUGUAGUCAAAGGGCAGCGUCACGGAGAGGGCGAUGCUCUUGCUGCCGCAGUGCAAAGUUUCCUGUACACCUGUCAGCCUUUCUUUAACCACCUGGAAACCACAAGGGCUUUGUCCCAGCACCCCUCUGUGCCGUUUGACGUCUACACAAGGCGCAUGCAGCUGUUGGACUUCUCUCAGCAGCUGUGCGACAGGUUGGAGCAGCUGGUGUUGACCUGCGCCAGCUGCAGUGUCUUCUCUUUGGACGAGACCAAUCCCAACAGCAUGUCUCACUUCUGCAUCGGUCAGAGUCAGCUCGGUCAGCUGAGGGUGACCACGUUCCGCUUCUGUAAGGCCACGCCAUACCUGGCGCGGGUCGACACCGGCCUGUACAAGCGAAUGCGCUGGAACGUGGAGAGACUCGGACACGAGAGGCAGACAGAUGAAGAGAGUGAGGCAGAAACAGUCGGCAGCACAGACCAUUACUUCCUGUGCUACGAGGACAUUCCUAACCCACACGCAGAUGCUGUCGGGGAUAGCCAGGGCGCCACUCAUGGCAGCGUGGUGAGGAUGUGGUCCAUCGGUCAGUGGGUUCAGGUGAACCCCGACACAGACGACAUCUGUGACUGGAUCUUGUGUGAGGUUCCUCGGGCCGACUAUCACAGGCUGCUGUAUCUUGGCAGCGAUGAGCCGUCUAGCUGCAACGCUUCAGACUACCUGCAACAGCUGCUGCUGUCACACCACACAACAGCGUGA